UUUAUGAAAUAAUCUAAAGGUAGUACAUCUGUGGAUUGCCUUUAUAUGGAAUUAAUGCUUAAUAAGUAAAUGAGAUCAAAUAUACGUAUGAUACAUAACAGAAUUUUAAAUCCAAAGCUAUCGACACCAAAACCUUUUUCAAAAAUUGAAAAUAGGAAAAUUGCAAGUAGAUUAAAUAGUUACUGUAAGAGGAUUCAAAAGAUUAGUAGUAAAUGAUUAUCGAGUUUU